UUUCCUCACAUUAGCACAGUAAGCCAACCCGACAGAAAUCGAAGCAGACAAAAAAUGGAGGGUGAAGAAAUGAAUGAACUUCUAAAUAUGGGUUUUUCUAAAGAACUUGCUUCUCAAGCUCUAGCUGCGACAGGCGGCAAAUCAACCCUUAAAGCUACCGAAUGGAUUCUUUCACAGCCUCAGUCACCUCCCAAAACCCUCCAAAAACCCUCAAUUAUUCCUCAAAACCCUCCUUUUCUUCAAUCACAAUCACAAUCUCAAUCAAAACUCAAUAAAUUCUUCUCUUCAAAUUCAUCCAAACACUCCCUUACAGAAUCCCCACAAAACUCACAAGUUUUCCCACCUCAAAAACGCCCAAAAAUCUCAUCUUCCCCGAUUUCAAAACCACCCUUGUAUGAAAGAAUUCGCCCUCAAUUCAUUGAUGAAGUUGUGGGUCAAGAUCAUAUAUUAGGACCCACUUCCUUCCUUAGGUCAGCUAUUAAGUGUAAUUCUUUACCCUCUAUUGUUCUUUGGGGCCCACCUGGCUCUGGGAAAACCUCCAUUGCUAAAGCCAUUGUUAACUCUUCUUCCUUGUCCUACAAGUUUGUUUCCAUUUCUGCGGUUACAGCGGGUGUUAAGGAUGUUAGGGAAGUGGUGGAAGGUGCUAGGAAGUUAAGGGAUAAAAAAAGGACUGUUCUUUUUGUUGAUGAAGUACAUAGGUUCAAUAAAUCACAGCAAGAUUCUUUCUUGCCUGUAAUUGAGGAUGGUAGCAUUGUGUUCAUUGGUGCAACUACUGAAAACCCUUCUUUUCAUUUGGUUACUCCUUUGUUGUCUAGGUGUAGGGUACUUAAACUUAAUCCAUUGGAGCUUUUUGAUAUAGGGAAGUUAUUGAAAAGGGCAGUUGAUGAUUUGGAGAAAGGUUUGUCAAUGACCGUUGAGACAAAAAUUGAAGUUGAAUCUGAUGCGAUUGAGCUUUUGUCUUCUCAAUGUGAUGGGGAUGCUCGAGUGGCUUUGAACGCGCUGGAGGUUUGUGCUACCAAGGCGUUGGGUCGUGUUCUGGAUAAAAGUCGAGUGGUAGAGGAAAGUGAUAGUGAAAGUGGUAACCACUCUUUGGAUGAUGUAGUGGUGGUUGUUAAUGUGGAGGAUGUCAAGGAAGUUAUGCAAUGUAAGCAUCUUGCAUAUGAUAAGGCUGGGGAAGAGCAUUACAAUUUGAUUAGUGCAUUUAUUAAGUCGAUGAGGGGAAACGAUGCGAAUGCAGCUAUAUAUUGGCUAGCUAGGAUGUUGGAAGGAGGGGAGCAGCCACUCUUCAUUGCUAGGAGAUUGGUUGUGUUUGCAAGUGAAGAUGUUGGAUUGGCUGAUCCUAAUGCACUUUUGCAAGCUGUUGCUUGUUAUCAGGCUUGUCAUUUUAUCGGAUUGCCUGAGUGCCGGUUAAAUCUUGCUCAAUGUGCUGCUUAUUUAGCUUUGGCUCCGAAAUCAGUGGCUACUUAUAAGGCCAUAAACGAGGCAUUAAAUGUGGUGAAGGACUCGGUUGGGGGGAAUGAAGGGGUGCCUUUGCAUCUUAGGAAUGCACCAACAAAGCUAAUGGAAGAGCUCGGAUAUGGAAAGGGGUAUAUAUAUACCCCGGAGAAUCCUACAGCAGAACAGAGUUUUCUACCGCCAUCACUCGUAGGUAAGAAGUUUCUUGAGUGGCCGCCUGCAGACGCCUGAGAUGCUAUCAAGGUGAUUGAACUUUGAAGCCAUUAAUCAUUGUUGAAGUCUUUGCAACUUGGGUGCAUUUUGUGUUGCUGGAUAGUACAUUACUGCAACAAAUUUUAUUUCACUAUGUGUAUAUUAGUUGGAUGCUUUUUUUGGGUUCGCAUCAAACUAUGCUAUACAGUAAAUGGAUUGAAAGCUAAGAAAACUGUUUGUUCAUGAGCAGUUAAAGCACUUGUAUCUAUUUGGCUGACAGCCAGAUACUAACCUGGAUUACAAUUUUGUAACAAAAAUCUUAUGAAUUGCAGUAAAAUCAACAUUCAAAAAUGGAUAUUACAAAAGGGGAGUUUGGUAGCCGGUUUUUAGAUUGGUUUUUUAGUUGGCUUUUGGCUGAUAGAGCAGCCGAAAAAACUGUUUGAUGAAUGUCUUUUAAG